AUGGAUACUGCAGACAACAGUCAUGUACAGGAGAGCCCCUAUGUCACCAACCCAUCCAGCCUAGCUGCUGUUCUUCAAUUGGAGGUGACACCAGCGCAGUUUCUCGUCGGCAGUGGAGACAAGAGCUCAAGCGACAGGCAGAGCAACGCAGCGUUUGGAAAGAAAGUGGGUAAGGAGAAGAAGUCCAAAGACAAGAAGAGCAAGAGGAAAGACAAGUCCAAGGAGAAGAAGAGCAAGAGCAAAGACAAAUCCAAAGAGAAGAAGAGAAAGAGCAAAGACAAGAAAAGCAAAGGCAAGGAUUGUAAAGAGCAGAAAAAGAAGGGUUUCUAUCCCUGGCUAAGCAGCAAGAGCACCAAGAGCACCAAAGAGAAAGGGGGAGGCAAGCGGAAGUCUAAGAAGGCGAAGAAAGGCUCCUCCUCUAAGGAAGGCAGAUCGAGAUCCAGAAGCAAGGAGAAGGCUGGCAAGGCAAAGUCCAGCAAGGAGAAGGUGGGAAAAGGAAGCAAGGAGAAGGCGGACAAAGGCAGCAAGGAGAAGGCGAGCAAUGAGCGGGGCUCCGAGAGGCACAGCAAGGAAAAGAGCAGCAAGGAGGAAGACAACAAGAAUAUGCAAAGUAAAGAAAAGCAUCAAAGCAAGGAGAAGCACAGCAAGGAAAAGCACGAAAGCAAAGAAAAGCAUAGUAGGGACAACCGGAGUAAGGAGUCCAAAUCGCCACAGAAGGCAGUCGGUUGGCUGGAUGGCUUGAAGAGGAGAACGACUUGA